AAAAAAAAGAGAGAGGAGGUUUUAAGAAAUGUAAGUAGCUUGUUACUAACGGUAGAAUUGAAGAACAUAAACAGUUUAGUAUAAAAACCAAACAUAAAACCCAAAGCUGAACCCAACAACAAGGCAGCACAGCAACAACAACAACAACAAUCAACUAUUUAGUAAUCUGAAAACUAUCAAGUGUUUAGUAAAGCACAAUUAAAACAUUAAAACACUAAACUUUGUUAAUCAAACACAAACAAAAGCCCAGCCGAACCCCUCUCUCUCUCUCUCUCUCUUCCUUCCUUGAAAAUGAACGUGUCAGAAAUCGGUGAGUCGAACCCGGUUGGACUCGACGAGUCGUAUCGGCCCCUGCCUUCUCUCUACUUGGGUUUCCUUUCCAUUUGGUUCUUCUCCGCUUGUUCUUGGACGUUCAACACUUAUAAAAACCGCCACUUCCAGACAAAUAAUUUACAGUGGACUCUUGCGUCUGUUCCGUUGAUCAAAGCCUUUCAACUCACACUAUCCUUCCUUUUUUGGUAUUCAUGCUUUUAUCUUCAGGUAUGUUCACUGUGGAUGUCAUUUGGGGUGUAUGUAACUGGAGUGCUCUUUCAGACAGCUUCAUUUGUUUCCUUUGUGCUGAUCUCUCAUGGAUACUGCAUCACCUGUGAGCGCCUUUCAGUAACAGAGCGCCGGACUACUGCUGCACUGGGAUGUGUAUUUUACUUAACUCUUGUUGGCUACAGAGCUUCUGUACCUUAUUUCACGGUUCUUCUACUGCUUAAUUACAUAAUUUCAUUCUAUGUAAUUUUUCACCAUAUAUCACGAAAUCUAGUAGUGUUGCGGGAACAGUUGACAUUUAUCGAGGAUGAGGAUGUCCAAUCAAUGCGUGAUGCUGUUUAUGCGAAGUACAAAAUGUUCAAGAAAUUUCAGGGUGCUAUGCUAAUAGUUGCCAUGGCUGAAACUGUGAUAUACUUAAACAUGGAUGACUUCUCAGAGAAUUACUGGCUUCGGUUGUUGGUUCGAGAGUGGGCACAAUUCUGCAUCUUUAUGUACAUUGGAUGGACUUUUAGGUCACAAGAGUUGGCAACACAUUUUUCAGUUAUGCCAACUUUGAAAUCCAUAGUGGAUUCAAUGGUUCCUCCGAUCUAUCGUAUAGAAAUGGAUGCCACAACUUUCAGAGAGUUUACAAGUCAUGAAUGGCACAUUGGUGUGCCAACUUCUGUCCGGGACAAAAGCCCUAGAGACUCAGUUUUGGUGAUAAUUCAGCAUCCACAUGCAUUUAGGCCAACAUCAGGGGCCGCACCUUCAUCCAGAAAACAGCCAGCAUAGUCUUAGACGGCAGAUUCCAGUCUGAGGAUCAUGUUCAUGCAAGAGUUACAAGCAAAGCAAAGUAGAGAUUAGGAUAGCCCGAGUGGCAAGCAGCAAAGUUUUACACAAAUUUUUCCUUUCAUUUUUACCUUACAGAAAUCUGAAAGUGUUAAAUGUCAAAAUUCAUUCACAUGGGUUAGAGAAACAUACUACCCAUCAAGAUGCGUAUCCAAAUAUUCUCCAUCAAUCACAAAUUGUGCAUUUUUCUCCA